CCGGAAGCGGAGGGAGAUUCGAAAUGUUCAGUGUUAUGGUUGUGCUCACAGACAAAACUGAUGGUUCACAACAAAUGUUCGUGGUCUCCCCAAAUGGACAAAACAUUGGCUAGCAUUCGUAAACACGUUUGGAGACUGUUAUCCUGAAUGGAUACUGUAAUAAAACGAGGUGAAGGGGAGAGUCAAAAUUGUUCUAAUAGAGGAACUGGACAUGGAGCUGAAGCUGGAAGUGGUGCUUUCAUCCAGCAUCAAAGGGAAAAAGCCAUGGCCGCGCUUCUGCUGGUUAGGAAUGGAGAAGGAGAAUGUCUUCCUUUUAGAUGACAACCGCAUCAACGAGGUCAACCUGGUGACCGGACGUACUAAGAAAAAGAAUCCAAAACUGCAAUCUGUGCUCCCCAAUGUGGUGCUAAUGACCACCUCGCCAAAUGGUAUGUGGUUGGCAGGGGUGCUUACUUCUGGAGAUCUGUUUCUGUGGAGUAAAGACACAGACUUAUUCAAGACAAGCGCUCCAGUGCCAGAUGUGAUUCAUCAGUUGACUGCAGUCAAAGAGAAUGGAGUACCCCUCAUUCUGCAGGUUUCAGGGGAUGGCCAUCGAGUGCUUCUGCUGGCCCUCUCGGGACAGGUGCUUCUGUGGGAGUGUACGUCUCCCCUGGAGCUCAGCGCGGUUCGUGGGGCCACAGUCAGUGGACGCUGGAGUCAGGUCCACGCCCCGUCUAACGCAGCUUUCCCGUCUGUCGCUGAUAAGGAAGCAAUCUGCCACAGUUUGUUCAUCCAGAGUCAGGUUCUUGGAGAUGUUUGCUUGAUUGCCUUCGUGUUCUGCGUUGGAGAGCAGCUGAGCAUCACCUACCUGAAGCUUCAGUGGGAUGAAGGAGUGGAUAGAAAGCUCAGUCCUGUGGGAUAUGACGUACUCUGGGUGACAAAGACGUACCCCCUGGGCCAGCUAGCCACUCCCUGUUGCCCUGUGAAGUCCCGGGGAGCACUGGUGUCAUCGCUCUCUCCUGAUGGUCUGCUGCUGGCCAUUAUCAUCAACCAGAAGGACCCCAGGACAACCCAGGCACUCUUUGUGAGCACUCAGAACUUUGUGUCGGUGUCGGCAGGAUUGGGAGGCUGUGGCAGUAAGAACCUCAGCAUCCCCGCCAAGUAUGUCAGGUCAUACUGGGUAGCCAGCGUGUGCUGGUCUCCAGGCGGUCUGUUCCUGGCAUGUGUGCUGAAGCGCGGCUCCCUGCUGAUGCUGAUGCGCCUGGGCGGACUGCUCACUCUCUCCACCACAGGAUGUGACAUCGACUUUGGUCCCGCCCACUUCCUGCCCCUCCACCCUCUUGUCACCUACAGGCCCCCUGCUCCCGUAGGUGCUGACGGCAGCCUGUCCAGCUCCAGCGCCUCUCUCCGGGACGUCUUCAGGCAGCGCUACUCCGUCACCUGGCACCCGCGCCUGCCCUUCCUCAUCCUGUCCGACGGCUACAUGGCCACCCUGCUGCGGGCGCCCGGCCUGCCCGAGCCCAGCGCCCUCAUCAGCAGCCUGCUGCUGGACUCGGCUAGGCAUCUCGAACGGGCGCGUGCGCUCCUGAUGCAGACGCAGCCACAAGCCCAGCUGGAGUGCCUGUCCAGCCUGAAGUUCACAGCCAGCUUGCAGGCCUUGAAGGAUAGAGAGACUUCAGUUCCCAGCUUGCCUCUCUAUCUCCAAGACGAUGGAACCACAGACGACCUGCAGGAGGCCUAUGAGAGAGCCCAGGCCGAGGCUGAAGAUGAGUGUACCAUCGACGGUCAGUCCUCCGGACUGCGGCGGGAGGACGCGGGCAGCCUGGAGUUCUCCUCCAUGUUCGACACCCUCCAUGCCCAGCCUGACCUCCUCCAGGGCUCCCAGCGUCCCAGUGCGGCCUCCCUGCCGCUGCGCCUGGAGCUGGACGGGGCCCAGCGGGGCCUCCUCACUGCCUGGGCCCUCGUGGUCUCUCUGGGCGGCCGGGUGGAGCAGAGGCCGCGGCUCUUGAGGUACGCCGUGCGCUGCGCCGCCCGAUUGGCCCUGCUGCUUCGCCUGGGCGACGGCCAGGCCAAUAGAAAGAAGGGCAGGCGCACCUGGGUGUCCAGGGUCCUGCACCUGUUCGAGGCUGCUCCUUUCGUGCAUGGGGCCAGCCUUGGCGUGGCGGGCGGCGCAGUGUCCACUCUCGUGGAGCUCAGCCAGAGCUUCGUCCAGCUGCUCCUAUCGCCGGGCCCCGGCCUGCCCCUCUCCUCCCACAGCCUGGCCGCGGCCACGGGGCUCCUGCGAUUGGCCGCCUGCUGCAUGGAUGAUGCGUACAGCCCGCCCCUCAGACCCCUCUCUCAGACCGAGCACCCCUCGGACGAGUACCGCACCCCGAUGCUGCAGGAGCAGGUCACAGCGACUGAUCCAGAGUCAGUCCAGGUCUGCCCUCAGAGACCCUCCGCACGGCUGGGUUGCAUGUGGCAGGGGCUGUACAAGCAAACUCUACAGUACCAGUGUGUGCUACGCUCUCAAACCGACCACCAGGGCAGCGGUAGAGAGCACAAGAAGGUGUCGGCCACCCUGUGCCUGAUUCAGGGAGAGUUGCAGCGAGCUGGGGUCAGCCUGGCAGAGGACCCUGAGCUGCACUGUCUGGCCGGUGAGGAGCUCUUCCUCCAGGGGGCCUAUACACAGAGCACAGAAACGUGGAGAGCAGAACUGUGGGCUGAGCAAGAGAUAGCCACUCUGGCCCCUCGGAGCUGCUACCUGCAGACACGCUAUGGCCUGGCUCUCCUCUACAGUCUCCUGUACCAGUACCGUCUGCGUGAAGCCCAGUCUUUGGGUGACCACAUGGCCCGGCGACUGCUGCAGGAGUCUGGCCACAACAAGGAGCCAGAGGAGGAGUGUGUGUGCGGAAGCUGGCCCCCAGUGCAAGUACACCGUGAGGUGGCUUGUGCCAUAGUCCAGAGCCUGGGCAGAUUCAUGGCAGCGUAUUUCGCCAACCAGACAUUGGCUGUGAGACCCCCGCACUGCGUGGACGUGCUGGACCCUCUGCACUUUGACCAGGCCACAGGCCCACGUGUGGUGGCUCUGUCCCAGCAGAGCGUAGCCGUGGCUGUACGCUCCCAGCAUCUGUCUGAGCAGUGGACUGUGGGAUAUGCCCUGGAGCUGCUGCUGAUUGGUGGCCUGCUGCCUGAAGCUGUAUGGCUGACGUCACGUUUGGGCGACUGGACCACAGCAGCGGCCCUCAGCCUGGCCUACAGCAACUACUGCACAGAGAACGCCCUGCUGAGCAGGUUGAGGUGGAAGGAGCUCCAUCUGCCUCCUGAGCUGCAGCCCGGCUCCAUCUUUCAGGCCCAGUUGGAGGCUCUACUGGGUCCAGCGGCCACUGAGGCCAGUCAGGGGAGGGACUCGCACAGAACCCCGAGUGUGGAGGAGGGUGAUGAGGAGCAGCUGUUGUUGUGUGUGCAGGAGCUGCUCAAGGCUUCCGUCAUGGCGAGGUUGGAUGUUCUCUCGCGCCCCAUUGGUCAGCUGCUGGCGGUUGCCAAGGAGAUGUCCUCCGAACUAGUGGCUCUGGUGCCCGCAGGCCUCUAUCUCCCGGCUCCGCCUCUCUACUGCCCUCAGCCAGCCCCCUCUGCACAGGGUGUUGCUGAAGGUCUGCAUCGCGAGGGCGCGUCGCGUGUAAAAUCUGCAUCACCCGGGGCGUGUCGUCUAGUGUGGUCGCGUAAGGCCCUCCUGCUGCUGCGCGCUGCCCGAUGCGCCCUGCCGGCCGCGCAGUGGUAUGUUGCUCGACUGCAGCGCUGCCGGAAGAACUACAGGAAGGUAACCAUGAUUCGGAAGUGUCCUGUGCUAGCGGAGGCCUUGUUGCCAGAAGGCUUGAGGAGAUUUCUCAGUCACUCCGGCUUCUUCAAGCCAGGCGCCGCCGGAGAUGGUCCCAUGGAUCCCGUCAUAGUUCAGACCUUAACAUGCUUCAGGGAGCUGUGUGGGCUUCUCUGGAUGCUUCACGUCCGAGACCAGCUCACUACCUCCUGCAGGAAGUACCAGGCAGCAAGGAAUCAUGGGAGAGAUGCUGAGAAGGGCUCCUAUGCUGACUCUGGCCUGUGUGAGGAUGCGCUGCGUUGGGUCUGUCGGCUGCUGCCCUUCUCCCGCUUCUUGUGUGCGGAGGAGCUUCUGCAGGACCUGCUCCUCAGCCUGCUGGCCCAGCUGCCGCCCACUGCCAUGGUUGCUGAAGUGCUAGUGUGGGCCUUCCCUGAGGAAGAACAGUCGGUUCGGGUGGCCCUGAGGGAGAAGUACUCUACCCUACUGCAGACGCUCAGACCUUGCCCUGUUGUACCGUCCACCAACACACAAGGUGGCCAAACAGAUGCCUCGUGGGAGCGUGAGGAAAGCAUGGAGCAGCAACAGCCGCUGAUGUCGGCCUUGCUGAAGAAGAGCCGAAAGCGGCGGGCACGACUGCUGUCCAGCGUGGCGAAGCACAUGGCGCGGGUACAGCUGCACCUGUGGGAGAGGGAGGAGGGGGGCGAUGAGCGAGCGGACUUCCCGUCCGCCGGACCGGACCGCCUCUCCCUGGGGGCCAGCCGCAGCCUGAGCUCCCUGACUGAAACCACGGCGGCCACGCUGACCAGCAACACGGACGCCAACACCUCUCAGGCCCUCUCGCCAGACCUGCUGGCUGGAUCACGUCACAGCACGUUAAAGCUGAAGGUGCAGGAUCGGUCUGGGGAGGCGAUUAAGCAGAACCAGGCCUCGUGCCAGGAGACGGACGCGGGCACGCUGCCCGUGGUGGGCAGCUGGGAGUUUGAGCUGGAGGAUGAGGAGUAUGUGCGCUUCCUGGAGCUCUUCCUCAGCUACCUGCUGGACCGCAGCAGCGGCGGCAGCCAGGAGGCGGAGCUGCCUCUCAUUGGCUGCUUCUGGGCGGGGCUGAGGGAGCGUGAGCUGCACUCGCUCGGCUUUGACGUGCUCACCACCCUCAAGCGGCGACAGAGGGACAUGAGGAAGAGCAGCGCGGUGCGGUCACAUGCCCGCGGCGACGCCCCCCGGCCGCCGGUGUUCUGGGCAGGCCGCUGCUUCCACGCCCAGCGGACCGAUCCAGAGCCUGAGCGCCCGCCAUCAUCCGCAUCGCGACCCUCCCUCCUCGUCCAACCCUGCCCUCCCUCUCCUGGCCUGUGGUCGGGAAAACAGCAAGCGGGAGUGACCUUAGAUCUCAGCCCUUCCCCCAGCAUUGCCAAAACCUUCCCCUCUACCCCGUCCCUGGAGGUCCAGCAGGAGCUGGACCCGGACCUGGAGGCCCGCUUCCCUGCGCUGGGCCGGCUGCUGGAGUGGAUGUCACGCUGGGCCGAUCGCAGGGUCCUGCUCCGCAGGAUGGAGGAGCAGAGAGGAGCGGGAGGUCCAGCCAUCAGGGCCAAGGCCUCGGCCCCUGCAGUCCUCACCGCCCUACUGCUGCUGGAGCGACGCUAUAGCGCCGCCCUGCUGGCUGCAGACAAGAGCCACAUGAGGAUCCCUGAGGUGGAGUUGACUGUGUCCCCCGUGUUGCAGUUCCCCAGCUGCUCUGGGGAGCAGCAGCGUGAGACGCCGGCGGAGGAGGAGAAGGAGGAGAAGGAGGAACGGGAGAAAGAGCGGCAGAGAGGGGGAGAGAGGGAGAGGGAGAGCAGCGUGGACACGGGCUACCCGGGCUCUGUAGGGACGCCCAUCACCCUGCCUGACGUGGACCUCCAGCCGCCCCAGGCCUCUGAGGCCUGUGAGCUGCUGGAGCUGCAGUCUGAGAGUGAGGCUUCUAACCUGGACUCUGUGACCUCUGACCCUGACAGCAUUGAGGCAGCACCUAAGCCUCCCCCCACACAAGGCAGCAACAUGGCUGACGCCUACCUGUUUGAAGAGCACAACUCAGCAGAGGAGUUGGCCCACCCUUCAGCCCAGGUUCCUUCCCCUAUGUCCACAGCACAGAGUGGACCCCUGGGCCAGGGUCUAACACUGGCAGACUUGGAGGGCACAGAGAGUUCAGGAAGUCCAACUGCUGUCUCUGACACUGAAGAGGAUCGUCUUUCAGACCACGGACCUCCUGAGGCUGACAGCAAAACAGAGGACACACCCAUCGGAGAGGCUGCAGGACCAGUCCCACCGCAGCAGGCCGAGCUGCCCCUUACUGAGGCCCAUCCAGCGCCAGGACCUCCAGGGAACAGGCAGCCUCCUGCGGGCACACACUCACAAAUGCCCGACACACACGCAGCUCCGGACACCACUAACACUAAUCCUGUCACCCAGCUGGUGCAGGACGAGCUCUUCCGCCUGGUGCAGUUACAGCAGAUCAACUUCAUGAGUCUCAUGCAAGUUGUUGGGGCUUCCUUUGCUAACUUGCCCUCCCAGGCCAGACUCCCCCUGCCCCAGUCUGUUCCCUUGCCCCAGUCCAACCCUCCGUUCACCUUCCCCAGUGCUCCACAGCCCCAUCCCUCCCCUCUCCCCUCCCAUCCCAACACAGCACAGACCCUUCCAGCCACUCAGCCUCCUCAUGCACCUCUGCCCCAAACCAACGGUCAUCCCACGCAGCCUCCUCAUGCACCUCUGCCCCAAACCAACGGUCAUCCCACGCAGCCUCCUUAUGCACCUCUGCCUCAAACCAACGGUCAUCCCACUCAGCCUCCUGGAAGCCAGCUUGCUGCUCCUCCAUCCCAUGUCUCCCCAGACCCCCAGGGCCCCUUAUCUGCAGCCCAGCAGCAGAGGGCGCCAGAGAGGCAGCAAGCUUUCCCUGGACCCCCCCUCUGUGCUCCACAGCCACAGCCACGGCAGGAUGACCAGCAGUAUCCACACAGCACUCAGAGUAUGCAGCCGUUGACCAUCACCUCAGGCCCAGGGAGGAGCAGACCGCCUGAGUCCAUCCCUGCCUCCCAAGGUCUGCUCACCACAGUGGGACCCUCUGUCACACCCACUCUGCCCCCUGGUGGCAGCACACAGAACACCCCCUCACUGAUUCCCCUGGAGAGGACUCGACCAGAGGGUCUCCGGCUCCUCCAGCUACCCCCCCCACAGCCAGGCCUCUUGCGCCCCCCUCUCCCCAUCCCUGUGAGGGAAGCAUGGGCACCCCAGCUACCAAACGCACACCCACCUCCACCUCUGCAUCCACCUCCUCUUCCACAUCCCCCUGCUCACAGGUGGCCCGAGAGGACCGCUUGGGCUCCGGAGGUCUCCAGGCACGACCAGGGGGCCCCCCGCCUCCUCCCCGUUCCCCAGCAUGCUGCUCCCAGCCGCGGGCUCCCCCUCCUGCACCUCCGGCCCAGCUCCAGUCUCCCUGUCAGCCUCCCUCUGAUCCCCCAGCCAGCCCCAGCCCCAGCCCCUGCAUCCCUCCUCAACCCUGCAGGCAUGGGACCCUUCCCCAGGCUUCAGCUGCUGCAGAGGGGCCCGGAUCCACCCAGCACAGGGCGCCACAGUGAACCCCCUCUGCGCACUCCCCGCCUCAUCCCCCUGGAGGCGCUGAUGAGCUGGGCAGCAGGAGGUGCACAGGGCCCUCAGAUGACCACACCAUUGCUGAAGGCCUCCAUGCCAGCUCCCUCCCACACCCACGUCCACAGCCCCAGCCAGCCCGUCUUAAGCAGCACGCCGUCCGCUCAUAGGCAGAAGAGGAGGAUGGAGAAGGAGAGGACAGUGGAGGUCUCUUUCAGGCCUGAGGACUCCAUCAUUCCACCUGCAGAGCCUGAAAUAGAGGUCCCAGUAUCCGGAGAUGGAUUUGUCUUGCCUCUAGGCUCCUGUGACUCCGUGCUGAGUGGGCAGAGACUACUGCAGGCGUCCAUCGCCACCGCUGCAGAGCUCCACGCCUUCGCCUCCACGCAGAAGAGACCUCCAGAGCUGCAGGACGCAUGCACCAACACAGAGUCAGUUCCCCAGUUACGCCCAGAUAAAUCCACCUCUGCCCAGCGAUCUCCUUCAACCAGUGCAGCUCCACAGCCUGAGCGAGGGCUUGGUGAUGCAGCUCCUUGUCUGCCUCCUGAGCUUUUCCUGGACCUGCGGUUCCCCAAAGAAGAUGGCAGUCCACACAUCAGCGUCCCUGCACAGGAUGCUGAGGGGAGACGCUUCAUCAAUGUGAUCGACCUGGAGGAUGAGGCUCUGCUGCAGGACCUGCCCCAGCGUCAGCCCCCUGUCCCCAUCACCACCACCACCACCACUACCGCUCCCCCCAGCCCACCCACCUCUGCACAGCUCCACCUGCUGGCCGCCUCGGUGACCAACGCCACCCACACGCCGCUGCUGCUGGCCUCAGAACAGGAGUCCGACGAGCUCUUAGGAUAUGCCAGGGGCUGGAAGCCUGAGGAGGACAGGUCCUCGUUCCAGGCCGCUCGUCCAGCCCCCUCUGACCCCUCUGAGCGUCUUCACGCUCCCGCUGCCCGUCAGGAGCCACCUCCUCCAGCUGUGCUGGCCGCAGUGGACGAGUUCAGGGGAGACGCGCUCACGCGGAGCUUGCUGGACAAGCCACUCUGGAGCACCUCCCAGCUGGACCGAAGCCAGGCGUCUCCGUCUCAGGUGUCCGUCCGACAGGUGUCCGCCCGCCUGUCGGAGAUGGACAAGCAGCUGGCCGCUCUGCAGAGCAUCGCUGACCAGAUGGACCAGGAGUUCGCCAACACGCGUCUGCUGGUGAGGACCAUUGACAAUCUGAGCCCUGGAUUCUUGACUCAUGGUGAGGAGAAGCCACAUUCUAGUCCACCUGCCGUCACCAAAGCAGUGAAGAGUUUGGUGCGGGGCGCACGGCCCGCCCUGGAGCUGACUGAUGUGCUGGAGGAAGAUGAAGAUAUUCUGUCCUCCAGCCCGGCGGCUAUUAGACUUCCAGCCACGAGGAGGAGACCGCCCCCACUUUCCUCACAUCCCGUCUCUUCACGAACGUCCAUCCUCCAGCAGCACACAUCUUACCCCGCGUCCAUGGAGCAGAGGAUGUGGGAGACCAGCCAGGAUGUCACAGGAACCAUAGGAGAUCAGUCAGGAAGUUCGCGUCCUCCCGUUAGCAGGCGGACAGAGGAUACACUGGGUCUGAGUGGUCUGUCCGACGUGGCGGACAUCUUAGGAGAGUUGGUGCGAGACGGAGGCCUGUCCCCCACUGCUCUGGGUCUGUCCCACACCCAGGCCGCCAGAUUUAGCAGGGCGGUGCCAAGCCAUGUGCCUCAGCAGCCCCCGCGUGGCCAGCGGUCAGAGGAGGAGCGGCGCGAGCUGCGGGCCUGGAUGAGGAGGAAACAGCGAGAGCGUCUGGUGGAGUACCGGCGGCAGAGGGAGGAGAGGAGAGCACAUGAGCGCAGACCGUUCACCUCCACCGCCCCGCUGAAACCAAAUUCCAGAGAUGUCAGCCUUAACCGAAAGAUCAAGGAGGAAAAGGACAAGAUAGCUCUGCUGGAGCAUCAUACCCAGAGAGCAUCUGAGGCGUACAGCCUGAUGUCAGACCUGCUGACCACCCCACUUCCUGUGACCACGGUCAAGCCACGCUCCAAGUCCACAAGCCCUGCUUCAGCCAAGAUCAGCAUCAGGAGCAGGAGCCAGUCAGCUGGCAGGACGACUAAGAGCCCUGGGCUGACCCGCUCCUUUUCUUCCCCUGGAAGGACGGUGGUGCUACCUCGCAGACGUGUGGGAACAUCACCACAUGAAAGCCUCAGCAGCAGACUGGGGCUGCACAGGCCGGCAAGUGCUCUGCCAGGAGAUCGGCUGUCUCAGGUGACACGUCGAGGCAUGCUGACUUACACUAGAGGCAGAUCUGCAGGAUCCUUAAAAGAGACCCAAAGAAGACCACUGAGUCAGUCCCCAACCGGACAUAAGACGGAGAGACCUGGGAGGUCAGAGGAGAGAGGACGCAACCAAAAGAGGGAAGAGGAAGUGGAGGACAGGGAGCUUCUGAGUCCCUGGGAACCACCUCUGGAGAUUCGCAGAAUAUUGGGGCUGGAUUUACAAGACAAUGAACAGGGGGCCAGAGGGACUGAGGGUGACCUGGAUGCCCUUGAGACCCUCUCAGAGAGCACAGGGAGCAUUCUGGCCAAAAUUAAUUGGGAGGACAUUGAGAAAUUAGUGGCCGAGGUGGAAGAGGAUGAUGACUAGAUCUGAUGAUAUUUUGAGAAAUAUGUAAUAUAUUUUUGCUAUUUUGUUCUUAUCGAAUGAGUAAAAAAUAAAUGUAAUUUCUAAACCA